UGUUUUUAGAGGAAGGGAGGGGAGAGCUUAGACAGUGAACCAUUCAUUGGAGCACAAUUAUGAUAUCGGACGCGAAAGACACGUGCGACUGACAAAGACAGGCGCAAGUAGGCUAUUUUAAUUGUAAAGGUCUGACAGCGCUCUACUUAACCACUGAUCUUGUCCACAAGAGCGGUCAAGUCUAGUUUCUAAUCAUAGCAAAACUGCUGUCUUUUGAAGAUUUCUUUGUGUACAAUUGUAGUAGCAGUAGUUAGCGCGGUGCGCAGGGAGUAUGGGUAGAAGGGAAGCCCAAGGCGACAGCAGGAGCGUCAUGAACACCGACGAGAGGUCUGGGCUGGAAAGUCUGCAGGAUAUCGCUGCUUCAGGCAACGACACCGGUGAUGAGUUGCCGAGCUAUGAGAGCCGUUGUUUUCGGGGUAGGGACAAACGCCGCCGCCACGCCGACGAGAACGUUUUGGGCCCAAUACAGAACCAGAGCCAGACCCAGACGUCCCCGGUGGCGGUGAAAACGCAUCAACACAAACACAACCUCAAACACCGGUUCGAAGUGAUGGAGACACUGGGAAAGGGCACAUAUGGGAAAGUGAAGAGGGCAAUGGAGAGAGCAAGCUUAAAGAUGGUGGCCAUUAAAUCCAUCCGUAAGGAACGAAUCACCGAUGACCUAGACAAAGUGCACAUCCAGAGAGAGAUAGAAAUCACCUCCUCCCUGAAACAUCCCAACAUCAUUCGGAUCCAUGAAGUGUUCGAGAGUCGGGAUAAGAUAGUGAUAGUGAUGGAGUACGCCAGUCGAGGAGAGCUGUACGACUACGUCCACGAGCGGAGGAGGCUGCCAGAGACAGAGGCCAGAGAUGUCUUCAGACAGAUCACUUCAGCUGUGCACUAUUGCCAUAAGAAUGGUGUUGUCCACCGUGACCUUAAACUGGAGAAUAUCCUGUUGGAUCAAGAAAUGAAUGUCAAACUGGCUGAUUUUGGUCUGUCCAACAAUUUCCAAAAGAACAGCUUGCUGCAGACAUACUGUGGAAGUCCACUCUACGCCUCGCCUGAGAUAGUCAGAGGACUGCCCUAUGUGGGCCCUGAGGUGGAUUGCUGGGCAUUGGGAGUGCUGUUGUACACCUUGGUAUAUGGCAGUAUGCCAUUCGACGGAGCGAGCUACUCCACCCUGACAGAGCAGAUCCGUCAAGGACGCUACCGCAGACCCAACCCCCCCUCAGAUGCAUGUGCUCUGAUAGACUGGCUGCUGAAGGUACGCGUGGAUGAGAGGGCUACCGUUGAGGACGUUGCCAGCCACUGGUGGGUCAAUUGGGGCUAUGAGGAGAGCGUGUGCAACUGCCCCAUGACACCCCACCAGGAUUGCCCCUCCCCCCUUCUUGCCCGCUACAUUGACUUGCAGAACCAGAUGGCAGCUACAAACAAUCUUCCCAUCGACCCCAUCUGCCCGUCCUCUGACCCCUCCCUCCCUCACCUGUCUCACCCUUCUCCUCACCCAUUCUACUUCAGUUACCCCCUCAAGGGCGACCGGGGAGGGGGGGGGAAGGUACGUGGUGGAGCGUCAAGCGUGAGGAAGUCGCGCAAGGAGAACACCAUCCCCCAGAAUGAAACGGGAGCUUGUAGUUCCGUUUGCACUACAACUCCCACCGCCGCCGCCGCCUCUCCUUGUUCCGCCUCCACAGGCUCCGGGGAGAGGAAGAAACCAAAGGGGAUCCUGAAACCCCAGAGAAGUUUCGACUCGGUUUUUCUACCCCAUCACAUUGGGAGAGCGGAGUCCUCUUCCACCCAGGCGUGCAACGCACCGCCCCCAUUUCACCGAGCACACUCACACACGCACCAGGAAGUCCUGUCCACCAGCAUGCCUACCCCCUCCACAUUCAGCCAACCAUCCUCCAAGAUGCCUAAGAAGGGGAUCCUAAAGAACCUAUACGGAGUGGAGUCAGGCUACUCCUCCUCCCCAGAGAGAAGGGGCUCUGGGGCGGGGGAAGGUGUGGGGAGGAGAGGGGGUGGUGGUCCGGAGGCUCUGACGGACUCUUCUGAUCUCCACCUCCGCACCCCCAGCUCAGACGGCAGUCUCACCAUGCGCACCGAAGCCUUGAGGAGAAGAAAGGGAAUUCUGAAACGCAACGGCAAGUUCUCACGCAGUCUCGACUUGCCCGACGACCACCGUUCAUCGUCAUCCUCCUCCUCUUCCGCUCCUCUGCGGUUCCCCCAGUCCUUGCAGCAGCUUCUCCAGGACACCGGGGGCAACGGCAGUCCUCAGGAAAGGUUGAGUCGGCCCCCUAGCGUGGUGAGCGAGGACAGCAUCCUCUCCUCCGAUUCGUUUGACCUCUUGGACCUCAGCGCCCAAUCGCGUCGCAGACUCUUCUGCAGAAGUGUCCGACGAAGUACCUGUAGCUCUGAGGAGGACCUCGACACCCUCUGCUCAGAGGUAGGAAGAGGAGAGGGCCAGGGCGAGGACGGUUAAGGGUGAACAGUGAAGACUUUCCGAAAAUACAGUCACUAAGAGUGAUGCACAUUUGACUGACUACCACUGGAGACUGAUGAUGAACAUUCUGAUGAAAUGUCUUGACAGAUUGCCUUUGAUAGAAGGGACUGUUGCUAAGA